AUGUUUUCCAAGGACGUUUUGCUGCUCAUUGCAGGCGUGUGGCCCGCCUUUGGCCUUGCUGCCCCAACUCUUCAUGCGAGGGAUGGCUACAACAGCACAUGCCGCAAGACUACCGUGGCGAUUCUAGGUGGUGGCGUCGCUGGAGUAACAGCAGCACAUGCCCUUCACAACCAAUCAGUCACAGACUUUCUCAUCGUUGAGUACAACAGUGGCAUUGGCGGCCGGAUGCGAAACACCAAGUUCGGAUCAGACCCCAACGGAAACCCCUACCUCGUAGAACUGGGAGCCAACUGGGUCUCUGGAACCGGCACCCCCGAUGGACCCGAAAACCCCGUUUGGUCGUUCGCCAAGCAAGCCAAUCUAACAGCGCCAUUCUCGGAUACUCGCUCCAUUGCGACGUAUAACGAGACUGGUGCGGUCAACUACACCUACCUCAUCGAUGAGUUUGAGGAUGCUUGGGCCAAGUUUGAGCAGAACGCCGGUACUAUCUUGACAGAGAAUCUGCAGGAUAUGAGCGCGAAAGCAGGUUUCUUUGAAGCUGGAUGGAAGGCGAAACAGAACGCCAUGCGCAAGGCGGUCGAAUGGUGGAUGUGGGACUGGGAUGCCGCACAGACGCCCGAGGAGUCGAGUUUGGUGUUCGGUAUCACCGCUUACAACCUCACGUACUACCAGUUUGCGGAGGAAAACUACUUCAGCGUUGACCAGCGUGGAUUCAACACAUGGCUCAAGACACAAGCAUCGUCAUUCCUCGAGGCAAACGAUACCCGACUGAUGUUCAACACUGUGGUAACCGACAUCAACUACUCAGAGACUGGUGUCACCGUCACCAACGAGGACGGCUCAUGCAUUGAAGCCGACUACGCGAUUUGCACCUUUUCCCUCGGUGUCCUGCAAAACGAUGUCGUCACCUUCACCCCUGAACUGCCAAGCUGGAAGCAGACUUCCCUCGCCACCUUCUCCAUGGGUACUUACACCAAGAUCUUCCUCCAGUUCAACGAGACCUUCUGGCCGACAGACUCGCAGUUCUUCCUCUACGCGCACCCCACAACCCGUGGGUACUACCCCGUCUGGCAAUCACUCUCAAUUGAUGGUUUCCUCCCCGGCAGCAACAUCUUGUUUGUGACCGUCGUAGAUGAGCAAAGUUACCGCAUCGAGGCUCAGGAUGACGAGACAACAAAGGCAGAAGUCAUGGCCGUCCUCCGCCAAAUGCUCCCCGACACCGACGUCCCAGACCCAAUUGACUUCAUGUACCCCCGCUGGACGUUGAACCCCUGGACGUUCGGCAGCUACUCCAACUGGCCCGUGGGCACAACCCUGGAGAUGCACCAGAACCUCCGCGCGAACGUCGACAGACUGUACUUCGCCGGUGAGGCUACGUCGGCCGAGUACUUUGGUUUCUUGCACGGUGCGUGGUUCGAGGGACAGGAGGCGGGCAAGCGCAUUGCUGGCAUGGUCACCAAGGACUGCGAGAACCAGGAUGGCGGAUGUGGAGAGUAUGUUAACUACGAGGUCCUGCACGGAACCACGGAGAGGGAGGAGUACAACGCUACCAACGGCAUGGGUGCUGAUCCCAUGUUCUAUGCGGAUAGUGGUGAGGAGGAGGCUUAA